UUUGUCUGAAAGGAGCAGAGGGGGAUUCAGGUUUUGGUUUGUCACUCGAUCCAGUCGUGCUGUGGAACUAAACUAUUUGUGGCUCUUGAUGGCUGUACAAGUGUAGUUCUUGUGCGUUAGCUUAGUUCUGCUGGAGAGUGAUGAUGAUGAUGAUGAUGACCGGGACCGAAACUCAAAAUCCAGGACGGAGAUACCGCGGGCUUUCUUUGUGUUUGGCCUUGCUGUUGUUCACCGGAAAGCAGGCUUUUGCAGAGACCAGAUACUCCGUUGCAGAAGCGGUGAAGGACGGAUCUGUGGUGGGAAACGUUGCGAAGGAUCUCGGCCUGGAAUUCACCUCUUUGACUGACCGACGGUUCCGCGUUGUGUCUGAAAACGAGAAGGCAUUCUUUGAUGUCAACCAGGACAAUGGGGAUCUGUUUGUGCUUCAGAAAAUUGACAGGGAGGAGCUGUGUCAGGGAAGUGGCGCGUGCCUUAUGGAGCUGAAGAUCAUAGUGGAAAACCCGUUGGAGAUACAUUACGUGGUUGUAGAAGUUAAAGAUGUGAAUGAUCACGCCCCUGUUUUCCCUGAGAAGGAACAGCGCUUUGAAAUAUUUGAGCAAACAUCACCAGGGAGACGAUUCCAGCUGCAUGCAGCUCGUGAUCCAGAUGCAGGAUCUAACUCGAUUCGUACGUACACAUUAACGUCAAAUGAACACUUUGAAAUAGAUGUGCGUCAGAGUGAUGAGGAUAAAAUACCAUUUUUAGUGCUGAAGAAGUCUUUAGACAGAGAACA